CGUGGUUAUAGACUACUUACCACACAGAUAUAAUCAGUGUGUUUAUAGGCCACCACAAAGAUAUAGCUCAACAUGCCAGUAAUACUUCUCUCGCCAGCGAAGGCUUUGGACUUCUCCCCUCACACAUUUGCAAAGCUUGCAACAACCUCACCAGUGUACGAAGGCAUAGCAGACAAGUUGGUAAAAGAACUCAAAAAAUUAAAUAAGUCGCAAGUGAAAACCCUGCUAGGCGUCUCUGAGCCCCUCGCAGCACUCAACUACGACCGCUACCAAGCAUGGGACGAGGCCGGAACAAAACCCACGUGUCUUGCUCUAAAUGGACCCGCUUUCCAGGGUCUAGGGGCAAAGUCUAUGUCGAUUGAGGAUUUGGAUUGGAUGCAAGAUCGCUUACGCAUCAUGUCUGGUCUCUAUGGCCAUCUUCGUCCUCUAGAUAACAUCAAGCCAUACAGAUUGGACAUGAGCAAAAAACUGAAAGAAGGAGGCAUGGAUAAAUUCUGGGUUGAAAUGAAUACCAAGAUGGUAAACGAAGUAGUCGGGAGUCUACCUGAAGAAGAGCGGUUCAUAGUUAAUUGCGCAAGCCAAGAAUACUCUAAAUCAGUGAACAUGCAAGCAUUGGACUACCCCAUCUACUCAAUCUCUCUUCCGGGUCCAAGUGUGUUUGCGAAAGAAGCCAGAGGCGCAAUGGUGCGCCAUAUAAUAUGCAGUCGAGUUGUCACACCGGAAGGUUUGCAAGAUUUUAAAGGAAGCAACGACGAGUGGAGAUUCGUGCGGGAGAACAAAUUAAAAUCCGGCAUAAUUGAAGUCGAAUUUCACCGUGCAGCGAUCAGCACAACCACGGCUAAAAAGCGCGUAAAGUCCGCUCCAAAAAGCCAAUCGACGGAAGAUGAAAAACAAACAAUGACUCCUAAAACAUCUGGUAGUGAUGAGGCGAUAGCGGUAUUUCAUACUUCUGAUACGAAGGAUGUGUAUCCAGAAGUGCAAUCUACAACUAGCGGAAGGAAACGAGCCCGAAUCAAUUACAAAGGAAUGUGAUAAUCGCGGAAUGACAUUGUAUUCUAUAUACCGUAAAAUGAAACUUACAUUGUAUACUUUCUGAUACACUCUAGAUAACUAUAACAUCAAUCACUGGGACAUUCUUGCAUGAAUGCAAAUAAAAAGUUGCAAUCAGGAGAUUGCAAACAUGA